AUGACUGAGAAUUACAGCGUCAGCCAUGUGAACAUCUUGACCAAGACUGUGGAGACUGUGAAUGGAACGAAAUUCAACAAAUACACUCUUCAACACUUGGAGAUCCUUAAGGGCGGUCUCGAACUUCCCUCAGUCGUUCUCGUUCCAAUGGGUCCAUGUGGAUUGGAAUUGGAGGCCAAUGUCGAAUAUCUUCUCUCUGGAGUGUUGACCGGUGAAUCGAAUCUCUACUCGGGUCUCUGUCUUCAAAUUUUGACUGGAGUUCUUUCACCCGUUUGGUCUUUGGUUGAUGAUUCACUCGUCCAACAAAUCGGUCUCCUUCAAACAAUCCAGAAUCUGGUGUGUCAACUUCUCGAGGGAUUGGUUGAGCCACUUCUUGGGAAACUUCUUGUUGUCCUUCCCGGUCUUGAUGCUCUUGGAGGUCUUGGUGGAGUUGGUGGACUCACUGGUGGAUUGGGUCUCGGUGAUUUGCUCGGU